UUUAAAACUGUCGAAAUUGACAAGUUGUCAACCUCCGCGUAAUUUUUUAUAGCGUUGUGCUUUGACUAUUUUUAUAUUAUUUACAGCAUUAGACAUGAUAUCGCCGAGAUAUAGAAAGAAACGGUGCAUUUGCGAACCUGAAUUGCUAUUAAAACAAAUAACUGGAUCACCAAGAAACCUAAGGUCUACUGAAGUUAACCAAAUCAGACUUAAUUUAUUCACUGAAAGAAACCCCGAUGGAACAGGACACCUUGUAUUAAAAGGCAAAGACAUGUAUGAUAGAUAUAAAAGGAGGAUAAACGAUGGUGAUAUCAGAGCUAUAUGUCUUUAUAUAAGAGAAACCCCUAAAAUAAUAACAAAGCUUGAUUUAUGCUACAACAAAAUCACUGAUAAGGGAUUCCAUAAAAUACUAAAGAAGCUUUUAGUAAAAGGAAGAUCGAGUGUCAUAAAUUUGAAUAUAAUGAACAAUGAGAUCACAGAACAAUCUUUACUGUACCUAUCAAAUUACGCAAAGUUUAUGAAAAUCAAAUACCUCAGAUUGAACGGCAACGAUUUUGGUGUAAAUGGACCUGAAUAUUUCGCUAAAUUCUUAAGAGAUUCAAAAUCUCUUGAGUUUUGUGAUAUAGGUGAAAUAAAUUUGACACUAACCGGUGUUGCCCAUAUAAUAACGGCUUUACGAAUAGACCACGGUGCAAAUACAACUUUGAAAGUAUUAGAUUUUAGUAGAAUCGUACCACUGUUCAACAGAUACGAUGUUGAGACUAAAUGGCUUGCAUAUCACAUCGAAUAUUUGCUAGAAAGAAACUCCACAAUAAUCGAAUUACAUUUGCAGAAAAACGAAUUCCUACCACACGACGUGGAAUAUUUCGCUAGAGGUCUUAGAAGAAACAAUUCAUUGCUUUAUCUAGAUCUGGGUUACAAUAAGAUUGGAGAUUACGGCAUUGAACUAUUAGCUAAGUAUCUAGCAGAGAAGCCUUCGUUGAUACUUUUAAACGUUGCUGGUAAUAGCAUUAAUGACACAGGAGCGAGGGCAUUAAGUUUCGGUAUGGCGUACUCUAAAUUAAGAGCACUGGAUAUUUCAAACAACCGUUUGACAGACCGUGGGGUUUUAGACAUACUGAAUUCAUUAAAGAAGCCAUACUUUUUGAGAUUCCUUAAUAUUUGGGGUAAUAAAUUUGGUCACGUAACUUGCGAAGUUAUACAGAGAAUGUUGGAAAGUGGUGCUCUGUUUCAGCAUACGAUUGAUGUAUCAAUUUACGAGGUAGAUGAAAUUUUGUACGCAGCAUAUUAUCCUAACCCAGCUGAUAGAAAUAAACAUUUGUAUUAUUGCGAACUAGAUUACGGUUAUGCGUUACCAAUUUAUCAUAUAAAAAGAAAUUCUCCUGAAGUAAAGAAGAAGGUGAAAGUGGAUUGCAAGCAAAGGCAUAAACUGGACAAGACGAAUAGACUCAAUUUUUGAUUUUAUUUCUUUUUAGUUGUCUAUGAUUUUGUUAUUUGUUAUAAUUGUGAGUUAUUUUGUAAAAUGAUUUAAUUGUAAUUAA